AUGCCCCCAGACGGCUCCUCCUUCACACCCUUAAACCUCCCACCAGACUUUGCACUCCCGCAAUGCAUGGAAUACUUCACAUUAACCGCGGGCCCGAACACGGAUCUAUGGCGCAAGCCGCCCAACGGCGACACCUCGACGGCGCCGAUCGUCUUCACCUCCCUGCGGCAUCCCUUCGUGGUCGCCGAGGUAACGGUGUCCGCGGACUGGGAGAUGGAAUGGGACCAAGGCGGGCUCGUCAUCUUCGCAGGGGCCGCGCCACAGGCGUUCACAGAGAGCGCGCUGGGAGUACGGCGCGCAGGCUCAGGCCCGCCGAGCGCGCCAUGCAAAUGGGUUAAAGCGGGCAUGGAGUUCUCGGGCGGGACGGUGAACGCCAGCUCCGUCAGCGCGACGGCGGACGGGGCGGACUGGUGCCUGUCGCCGCUGGGGCAGACGCACGCGACGCAGAUGGCGCAGUCGCUGCGGAUCAAGCUGGAGCGGAUUGGGCAUGCGCUCUGGAUCUUCUACCAGGUACCGUCUGUGUCGCCGUAUGGGCAGACGCCCGGGGCGGUGGGGAGCACGUGGAAGAAGUUGCGGGAGGUGACUUGGUUCUUUUAUGGGGUGGAGGAUAAGUUUGUGCAUGUGGGUGUUUAUGCGAGCCGACCAACGGGGUUGGGGAGGGGGGGGACGAUGUGGGAUGCUAUGCAUGGGCUUUCGUUGGAUCAUUCGAUUGCGACGGGGUCUGGUUCGCAUGAUGGGUUGGUGGUGGAGUUUGAAGAUCUGGAAAUCUUCUAA